AUGGGAAAUAAUAACGCUCAAUACGGGGUGCCGCCGUUGGCCGCUUCACAUCUCCGUGCACAGAAUAUACCUAUAUUCCCAUUGUCUUCGCCUAUUAACGAAGAAAUAUACACCCCCUUCGAAUCGCCCGGAAGCUCACAAUUGGCAGCCCCGGACAAAGACAACCCCUUUGCCUCGUCUGAGGACUAUUUGACCCACGGGAAAACACAUUCUGAAACCGACAAUGCAACGCAAUUCGAUAGCCAAAUGGAGGAUAAACAGAAACUUCUUGGCGAGUCCUCUCAAGCUCCCCGCCCUAGCCGUUGGGAUUCAAUUAAACGCGGACGGACUAUUAUGAAGCGGAACCCCAAAGAGGCCACAACAAACAAGAAGACGCGUCCCGGACUCAACCUCGUCACGAACUUCGCCAAUGAUACGCCCAAGUAUAGAAGAGACGCAGUGUCGAAACGUCGACAGUCGGCUGGCAGGGGGUUUAUCGACCUGAAUGAUCUACGGUUACUCUCGAAGGGGACGGAAACUACGAGACCAGUACAGGCACAGGGGAACAGGCUGUUGCCGGAGCGGAGAAUAUCGUCAGCAAAGGGGUAUGAGGAAAUCAAAGACAAUGUCGGAGAGGCCACACAGGGCCCACAGGCCAGUAACCAUGUUAAAAAGAUGAAGAAAUCUCCUCUGGAUGCGUUGCGGGCCGGUUCUCCUAGCAAAUCACAGGAUCUAUCCCCUUCCGAUCGCCCGAUUAUGAUUGGGCUAAGGGUUCCGUACAAUAACGCGGGAGGCCAGGGGAAGACCAAACGGCUCGGAGAUGAUAGCAGCACGCCGAUUAAAAGCAACAUUGGCAGCCCAAAUAGCCAGAAAAGCACAAAUUCUACACCUAUUACUCCAACCAUCAUCAUCACGCCUGCCAGGGAAGAUAAUCCUUGGGACAGCUUCAGUAGCGGAAGCCCCGAAGCGCGGCGUGCACGACCCGCUUCGAGCAUCUAUUCUCAACCUACGCCACGGGCGAAAGACGGUCGUCCACCAUCUAUCAUUCCACCUGUCCCGGCGAUUCCUGCGUCCCAUUCUUUCACCAAGACUGAGGCUAGUGAUGUAUUUGUCGACCAAGGUUCGACGACGACGACGCCCGCGCGAAGAAAUCGCGCGUUCUCUAUUGGGACUGUGAUCGAGGAUGACUCGCCUGUAUGUAGACGAACGGCGCGUCCACGAUCCAUGUCAGAUGAAAGCAGACUGCAUGCGGGAAUAGCCAGCAGAUAUAGCAUCGACACCAUCGCUACAAGGCCUCGAUCGCAGGGAUGGUGGAACCUGUUACUUUCUCCGCUCCUUUCUCGCUCAAACACCAUGGCGAGCAAAAUGAGUUUUAGGUCGCCCCAAGAUGAAACACCGCCGGUUGUUCCCGCGUUUCCGUUUGCUGUGUCCCAGUCACUACAGGUUGACAGUAAUCGGGACGGAGAGAAACGUGUGGUGGAGGAAGUUUCUUUCUUUUCACCAGAUACCCCUUACAGCGCGGAGGAGAAAGAGAGCCUUUGGGCAUCUGCCGCGGGCACGGUCGGCAAACCGCGUGUCGAACGUGAAGGAUCCGCUUCUGAAUGGGAUGAUGAUGACGCUGAUGAUUGUUCACAGCCAUCUUCACGCCAAUCAAGGGAUAAAGCUUCCCACAUUUCCACGGUUUCCGCCCAGACUAUUCCUUUCAUGAUCUCGAACCCUACUUCUACUAGCUAUACACAGGAACAUUUUCACCAGAGCGUACAUGACUACUCUACCAAUAAACAAAGUCCUCUACACUUACCAUCUACGAGUCCACGCACUGGGUAUUCUAGAAACUACAUCGCAGCUUUCCCACCGGUGCCUGGCGAGAACGUUCAGGUUGAGAAUCAAAAUCCAAACAACCCGUUUUUCCAACGAUUUGUCGAUAGCCUGAGGAGCGGAGUAGAGCCUAGGGAGCGGUCGAAUUCUGAUUCAACCGUGAUCGAGGACGAGCCAGAUAUUUCCCCUAACGUUCGUCAAGCUACGGUUACUCCGUUGCUCAGAGCUGCGGCAAUAGGGCCUUUCCAAGCUGGGCCGACGGCGCCUCUACCACCGAUCCCUCGACGUGUAUCUUCCUCACCAAACCCUUUUGACAGCUCCCCGAGUUUAAGCGUGGGAAACUCAAGCAUCCAACCUCCUCCUUACUCUCCGCCUAAGAAAAUCACGAAGCUUAGGCGAUAUAGGGCUAUCUUACCUUCAGAUUUGCACCCGCAACCCCAAUCGCCAGGACCGUUAUCCCCGGAGACGCAGGCACAAAUGACGUCAAGAGGUGGUGGAAUACUAUUAUCUGGCAUUCAGCAACCCCAGCCCCCUGCAGCAACGUAUAGUGCCAGAAACGAACCCCUUCCACGAGGAGUUCUACCGCCCCGUCUGCCGAACAACCCUGUCCGCCUGUCGGACGUCGAAAGACCGGUGGAUGUACGAGCAAAUAGCGAAUCUAGGCGUCGGAGAUUAGAGCGAGAAGAUCGAAUGGCUAGGAAAGUUGGAGGGCUGUGGCGCGGGAGGGGCUGUUUGAACAACAGAGGAUGUUUUGGUAGAUCCGGUCGGGAAGGCAGAAAGAGACGCCGGUGGUACAUGUGUAUUGCAGCUAUUUUGAUCGCCAUUAUCAUUGUCAGUGUUGUACUCGCGGUUACGCUCACGAAAAAGAGUGAUGACACCCCCGAAUCGCGCUGGCUGAACCUGACCGGCUACCCGCCCAUGCCAACCGGGGUUUCAACCAUUUGCGGGCCCGAAUGCAGCGGUCGCGAACUCAGGGUGUAUACGCCCGCCACCAUGUGGAGUUGCGCAUUACCCAAAGAAAACCAGGAUGCCAAUAAGCCGUUCGACCCGGACCAACCGAACUUCAGGAUCCAGAUAAAUUUCCGGAACGGCACCUUUGCUCACAGCACAGUCCCUUCCAAUCAGGCGGCUCGAAAGAGGUCGGUCUUCACAAUUUUGAGCAAGUCGGGCGCCUCCCCCAAAUCUCUCGAUAGUCGUCAAUCGCUGCAGAAGCGGAGCGGCGGGUUCUCCCCUAUUCCCGCCCCGCCAAGUAUCGAAGAGCAGGAAUUUCUCGGAAACACGACCGAUGGAGUCACCGGGCCGUUCGCAGGGGAAGACACCCCAUUCCUUGCAACCUUCCUCUCCCCAGAACCAAUAACGAUAUCCAGCCGCGAGCGACGCGCGGACACACCUCCACCUCAACUUGAAGGCAUGGACGCCGACGACCUACGCGACGCCAUCCCCAACCCAGCACACAACCCGGACGGGGCCGCGGCGCCCGCAAACCUCCUCCCGCUGCCGAUCGCCCAGCCAAUCCGGCUGUACGACCGCGGCCUCCCUACCGAGCACUACGGCUUCUACACGUUCUACGACCGCUCCAUCUUCCUCAAAGCCGACAGGCCGCUGAACAACGACUCCGUCCUCUCCGUGGUUCCCGACGACGAGAACGGCGGCUCAACGCGCUCCGCCGCCCGCGUGCGCUGCACCUGGACGCAGACGCGCUUCCUCGUGCAGAUCUGGACGCAGCCCGCGCGGAAUGGGAUGGGAGUGAUACCGUCGUCGCCAACGUCAUCCUCUGCUGCCUCCUCCUCCCCGCCAGAGUCUUCCACGGCAGGCCUCCAGCCGUCCGGCACAGAUUUCACGCGCCCGGGCUCCUUCCCUUAUCCUAUCACCAUCGUGCUGGACAGACAUGGCGGCAAUCCCAGGGCGAAGAUGGUGUAUUGCUACGAGCUGGAUUUGGAGCAGCGGUACAUUGUGAGUUCGAAGAAGCUGCAGGUGGAGGAUCGCGGGUUUGGGGGCCAGCUGGUUAGGCCGGGGACGUUGCUUGGUGGUGGGAGUGGUGGUUCUUCAUUUGGUGGGUUUGAUGGUGGGAAUGGGGGGUGUCGGUGUGAGUGGAGGAAUUGGUUGACGGUUAGAUGA